UGACAGACCCAUAGUAGUGUUUGAAAAAUACAUAAUUAAAAAAACUUCUUCGUGUACCAUUAUUAAAACUAGUGUUUUAAUUACAAAUUAAUUUCUUAGUUGAACUAUGGGUUAAUUGUAAUAUGAUAUUAAUAGUUGGUGUGAAGAUGUACUUGUUUUGGCUUUUAAUUAUUUCGGUUGGCAUUUCUACUAGUGCUGAUGAUAAUGUUAGCACAAAUGAGAGUUACAAAUACAGAGACAGUACCAAGAAAACUUAUCCUUUAUUUCUACAUUUAUUAAUUUCUACUUUGAAAAUUAAUAACUACUUGCUUAGUAUUGACAAAUAUGCAGGUAAAUAUGAGUAUAAAUGGAAUCAAGAAAAAGUACUUAAUUCUUCAGUAAAUUUUAAUAGUGAUAGAGAAGAAACAACCAAAAACACAGAGCAAGAAGUAGCAAAAUACAACAGAAGUGGAAGUAAAAUCAACCACAAUGAGAGAGAUGAAGAAACGUUUCUUGACGUUGAAAAGUUACGUAAUUUUGGUAGUGGUAGUGGCUUAGGAAAUGAAGAAACAAUGAAAAACACAAAGCACGACACAGCAGAUGUUGGUACUGCACGAGAAGUCGCCCAGCAUGAUAAAAAUGGAGUAACGUUUAUUGACGAUGAAGAUUUAUACUCUUUUGGGGUUAACAUUUCUGGUAGUGGUAGUGGAAGUAGCUCAGAAAAUGAAGAAACAUCCAAAGACACAAAGCAAGAAGCAGUAGAUGGUAGUAGUGCAAGUGGAGACGACCAGGAUUAUAAAAAUGAAGAAACGUUUAUUGACGAUGGAAAUUUAUACUCUUUUGGGGUUAGCAUUUCUACUAGUGGUAGUGGAAGUAGUUCAGAAAAUGGAGAAACAACCGAAGACACAAAGCAAGAAGCAGUAGAUGAUAGUAGUGCAAGCGGAGACGACCAGGAUGAUAAAAAUGAAGAAACGUUUAUUGACGAUGAAGGUUUAUACUCUUUUGGGGUUAGCAUUUCUGGUAGUGGUAGUGGAAGUAGCUCAGAAAAUGAAGAAACAWSCRAAGAYACAAAGCAAGAAGCAGUAGAUGGUAGUAGUGCAAGCGGAGACGACCAGGAUGAUAAAAAUGAAGAAACGUUUAUUGACGAUGAAGAUUUAUACUUUUUUGGGGUUAGCAUUUCUGCUAGUGGUAGUGGAAGUAGCUCAGAAAAUGAAGAAACAACCGAAGGCACAAAGCAAAAAGCAGCAGAAGAUGUUGGUAAUGAAAGUGAAGUUAAACGCCAUUAUAAAAAUGAAGAAACGUUUACUGACAAUGAAGAUUAUGACGAUUAUGUAUGAUACUAAUGAUACUAUUAAGGUAAUUAAUUUUGUAGAAGUUUUGUAGUGGAGAUAGUGGAUAUCAUAAUUUUAAAAUUACCAAGAUAGAAAACAUCAGAGCUAUCUAUUAAUAUUGCAUGUUUACAAAAGGAGCUAUCUUUAAGACAUUUGAAUUUUCAAAAAAUUUUGUGAAGUCUGAAAUUUUUCUAUGAUAAAUUUCCUUAUGUUUGUCUCGAAAUAAACGCAGAAUUAAUAAUUAGGAAACCAAAUCAUUACUUAAAUUAUUACGUAGUCUUAAUUUUUUUUCUAUUUUAAAAUAUAAAUCUCAAGACAUUUUUUUAUUAGUAGUAAACUAAUAGACCCCUAUUCAAACAUCCGUUUCCUUCCAGACAGUAUUUAUCUAAUCUUGAGAAAAAGUCACAAUUUUGGGUUAAUAAAUAAAGUAAAUAGUGUCCCUCUUAGUAUCUUAUCUAAGAAAUAUUGAUAUGCAAACUGUAGUGUUACAUUUUUUUUUGCCACCCUGAUAACAACAUUUUUGUUAACACACAAAAUGUUGAAAUUUGUGUUAAUUAUAUCUUUAAUUAUUAUGGAAAAUGAAACUCGAAAUAUUUAUAUAUCUGGAGGAUUGCAUUACAGAGGAAAAGAGAAUUCUAAAAUAUACAUUGUAAAGUCUAAACCUCCAUCACAGUUCAAUCCGAUUAUUUCAGAAUGUAAUAGAAAGAAAUGUAUCAGUGAUAAUAUGUGUUAUUUCAAUCACAAAUGUUGUUACGAAAGUUUGUGUGGCCAUAACAUAUGCAAGAAAAUGUGUGAUGAUAUAACACGGGACAUUGAGACAGAAUCAACAAGAAAAACAUCUUCAGUUACAAAAGCAACUACCUUUCCUACAACAGAUGAUACCGAUAGUACAACGAUUACAACCAGUAGUACUAUUGUUGCCACCUCCACUGAACCAGAAGACUUUUCUACCCUUAGUAACACACCUGAUACAACAAUUACUACACUUAUUACUAUUAUUUCCACUUCCAAUAAAGCAGAAGAUGCUUAUACGCCAAGUACCACUGAACUUACUAAAACAACAAUUUCUCCUGCGUCUACAUCAACUAUUAUCUCAUCUAGUGUGACAAAUCAUCCGACAUCUACAGCAGAACGUGAUGAUUCGAGUACUUUACAAGAAAUUUCUACAUACAAUACCACUAAUUCUAUAACUUAUAUUAGUGAAACAACAGUUGAAAAUUUAACUGUUACACCUAGGGUUACUUCUACUGAAAUUGAUCAGUCUGUUACUUCAGACUCGGAUGACGACUUGGUUGAUCAUACUUCUAUUUCUAGUACUAUUGAUUUUGUUACUAGUACUUUAAAAACAACUAAUAAAGAAGAUCAAAAUGAAGACGUUAGUACUACAGUUGAAACUAAAUCAUCAAAUCAGUUUGACGACACUAGUGAUAAUGAAGGAAGUGGGGAUACUACUACUUUAUCACCAAAUGUCACUAAGGAUGAUAACAUAACGUUUGUGGACGAAGACGAAAAUGGAAGUGGUAGCGCAAGUGGAGAUGGUAUAUCAAUACAAAAAGAAAACAGAAAUCAAAAAAUUGUCAAAAAAGAAGUGGAGUCUGGCGAUUUUGUUUUUGUCAGAAGCACGCUAGAACCAAAAGAAAAAACGGAAUCUUCCAUUACUAAUACUAUACUAGAAAUUGAGGAUGUCACAGCAGUUUCUUCAUACAGCACCAAACAUGUUUCUUUGCAAGACAAUAACUAUGACAAUGAAAAGAAAAAAGAAAAAAAGGAGUUUUACUUUGAUGACAAUGAAGAUGAUACUUAUAAUUACUCGGGCAGCGGAAAUGCUCAAGAUCAUUAUUUUGAUAAUGAUAAUUUUUCCGACAGUGAAAACAAACAAAAUUAUGGUGAUCAUAAUUAUUUUGGUAGCGAAAACGCUAAAGAUCAUUACAAUCAUAAAGAUCAUUUUUCCGACAAUGGAGGCAAGCAAACUCAUGUUGAUGAUGAUUCUUCCGCUAGCGGAGUCGCUCACGAUGAUCAAGAUGAUAACGGGUCAGGCAGUAAAGAUAAUAUGGUCUUAAUAAAUGAAGAAUUGAAUGAAAAUUCUACAAUCAAAGAGACUGAUAAAGAUUUUGAUGACUAUUUAGAGGUCAAGCAAACUCAUGUUGAUGAUGAUUCUUCCGCUAGCGGAGUCGCUCACGAUGAUCAAGAUGAUAACGGGUCAGGCAGUAAAGAUAAUACGGUCUUAAUAAACGAAGAAUUGAAUGAAAAUUCCACAAUCAAAGAGACUGAUAAAGAUUUUGAUGACUAUUUAGAGGUCAUUUCUAAUGAUGUUUUAGGUAUGAAUCUUACUAGCAUCAGCGAUGAUUACUUCAUCAUUGUUGAUGGUUAUGAUUAUUCGUUCGGAGGUCCAAAAAAAGAAGUGGUAGGAAAUGAAAAAAUGAAAUAUAUGAAGAAUGAAAAAAUGAAAAAUAUUGCUUAAAUUUAUUUGCUGUCCAAUAAUAGAUAAACAGUGCAAACAGUGUUUUGAUAUAUUUUAUAUGUCAAGGUAUUCAAAAUAAAAACGUUUUUCUAAA